GAGGUGCCCUUCCCUGCCUGACCCUCUCCCUUUUCUCCUCAGCCUCUUUCUUCGGGGACAGCUUCGUGGAGAUGCCGUUGGCAGACGCCUCGCGCACGGUGCGGCUGCAGCUGCAGCUCUACACCAGCCAGGGGAAUGGGCUGCUCUUCCUGGCCGCCGGCCAGCCCGACCACCUCCUGCUCCAGCUGCGAGCCGGCAGCCUGCAGGCCAGGCUGCAGCUGGGCUCGGAGGAGGUGACCCUGCAGUCCCCAGCAGAGCUGCAGCUCAAUAACCUGGUGGUGCAUGACGUGGAGCUGCUGGUGGAAGACGGGAGGAUGACGCUGACCAUUGACGGCCUCUUCAACAGCUCUGUGGACAUCGCAGGACCUGUACGGGAGCUGGACAUCCAGUACGGCCUCUAUGCUGGUGGGACAGGCAGCCUUGACCUGCCAUACCUCGCUGAGGCCAGCUCACCCUUCAGAGGUUGCCUCCACUUAGUGACGUUCAACGGCCUGGAUGUCCUCUCCCCUCUGUCCUCUGAUGGCAGCUCUAAGAUCUUCCACAGGGUCCAGGAAGGCUGCAGCACGCAGUUCUCUGCGGAGCCCGAGGACCCCUUUGGGUUCCUGGGGCCACACUCCUACAUCGCGUUUCCCACGUGGGAUGCGAGGGAGGAAGCGACCAUUGAGUUUGUGAUAACGACGAGCAUCACUCAGGCACCCCUCAUCUACCAUGCGGGGCUGGAGAAUGACUUCUUCUACCUGGAGAUCUCCAACGGGCGCCUGAGAGGGUUUGUUGAGAAGGGGAAUGGCAUCAUCAUCCUACACAACAAUGUCUUCAUCAGUGAUGAGCAGCAGCACUAUGUCAAAGUCUACACGGACAUCCACAAGUUUGAGAUACUGAUAGACUACUACGCCUCAUCCACAUCCAACCGGGGCAUCAACAACUACCUGGACCUUCAGGGAAACCUCUUCAUCGGAGGUAUGAACGAAAAAGCUUCGCAAAGGCUGAGGGAGCAUCAUCUUUCUUUCAUCUCGGUGUGGACAAUGACCAACAACUCGUUUGUUGGCUGCUUGGAGGACCUGCGGAUAAAUCUGCAGAGGAGGAGUCUGCAAGAUGCCGUGAUCACGAAGGACAUCACAUCAGGCUGUGGAAAGCAGGAGCACUACUGGGACUAUGACGAGGUGUAUGAGCAGGAUGAGGCUCCCACCUCCCCACCUCCAGAUGUCUGGUCAGGAGCACCAGGCCUGGUGGUGGAACCGUGCCAGCCAGACGACAGCUUCCCACCUGCCUUCGCCAACAUCAGCAGACUGCUGCACGUCAGCCCCCUCAUCGUCUCUGAAGGGGGCACAGCCUAUCUGGAGUGGAAACACGCCCAGCCAACAGUAGACUUGAGCCUUGCAAACAUCCGACAGUCCCAAAUCCUCUUUAGCAUCACCAAUGACCCCAGGCACGGCCAGCUGGAGCUGGACAUUCCUGGGUCCAGGAGCAGAAGGAAGUUCACCUUGCUGGACAUCAUGAAUCGGAAAGUCAGAUACAUCCACGAUGGCUCCGAGGGGCCCAUGGACCAGCUGAUGCUGGAGGUGACAGUGACUGCCCAGGAAGGGGUCCCAGAGUGUUUGCGGCAGGGGCAGGUGUACCUGCUGCCCAUCAUGAUCAACCCCAUCAAUGACGCCCCACAGGUGAUCUUUCCCCUUGGGAACCACAUGACAAUCCUGAAGCACACGCGCAAACACCUGACCACGGACAUCCUGCAGGUCCUAGAUGAUGACACUUCCUGUGAUGACCUUGAAUUCCAACUGCACGGUGGCCAGCAGAUGGAGGAGGGUUAUGUGGAGUAUGACUUUCACCCUGGAGUGCCCAUCGAAGAGUUCUCCUGCAGGGACCUGGAAGCAGGCAACGUAGUCUACGUGCACCAGAGUGGGACUGACUUACAGCUCACCUUGCAGGUGAGCGACGGCACAGUCCCAAGCCCCGUUGCCACCCUGAGGAUCCUCGCCAUUGACCCCGACAUCCGCCUGCACAACAACACCGGCCUCUCCAUCUCCCAAGGAGGGGCUGCACGCAUAACCACAGCCAACCUGUCAGUGGAGACAAACGCAGUGCAACAACGGGUCUCCAUCCUGUACCUCCUCACAGAGCCUCUAAGGUAUGGUGAGGUCCAGAAGCAAGGGAGCAUGGGAGGGGAAUGGAAAAAAGUCGAGUCCUUCCACCAGCAAGACCUGGAGCAAGGGCGCAUCCAGUAUUUUAGCACAGACUCAGAGCACCGGCUGGAAGACAGCGUGGAGAAGCUGAGAUUCAAAGUCCAGGUGGGGCAGAAGGUCUUGCAAAACAACACCUUUCUCAUAAGGAUUAAAAGAGCCACCAUUAAGAUGAGGACCAUGGUCCCCCUCCAGAUGAAGAACAAGCGGCACAGCAAUAUCACCAGUAAGGAGCUGGAGGCAAUGUUGGAAGAUCCAAACUCUGCCCCAGUCCCCUUCCACUAUGUGAUAAUCCAGGCUCCCAAAAAGGGAAACCUGGAGCUGCUCGGCAACAGGCUGACCGAAGGCUUUGGGUUUACCCAAGAUGACCUGCAAAGAAACCACCUGAGCUACAGCGUGACCAUCAGGAACUCUCAGCAAGCCGAGGACACCUUCCAGUUUCGCAUCCGCGCCGGUGAGCAGCACUCUCCCGUCUAUACCUACAGAAUCAGCAUUGGUGGGGACCCUGAUGCACCAGCCCUGACCAACGUCCUCCUGACUGUGCCGGAAGGGGGACAAGCCAUCAUCUCCAAGGACCACUUGUUUGUGCAGAGCAUGAACAGCAUGGACUACCUCUACGAAGUGAUUGAGGGACCAGCACACGGGAGGCUCGCCUGGGCUGCAUCCCAUGGGUGGGCCUCCAGAGAGGAGAUCACAGAGUUCACCAAUGAUGACAUCCUUCACCGUCGGCUGCUGUACCAGCACGAUGACUCCGAGACACUGGAGGAUGACAUCCCUUUCGUAGCAAUCAGGCAGGGCGAGGGCAGCGCUGAGCCCGAUGCAGAGGAGGUGAGAGGUGUUUUCAGGGUCUCCAUCCAGCCCAUCAAUGACCACACCCCGGUCCAGGUAGUGAACAAGGUCUUCAAUGUGGUGCGCAAUGGGCAGCACCUGCUGACGACAGAUGACAUCGCCUUUGCUGACAAGGACUCUGGCUUCUCCGACAUGCAACUGGUGCUGGCAAGGAAGGACAUUUUGUUUGGUAGCAUCGUGUCUGUCGAUGACAGAAGCCGCCAGGUCUAUCGGUUCACACAGGAUGACUUGAGGAAGAAGAAGAUCCUCUUUGUCCAUUCGGGGGCUGACCGGGGCUGGAUCCAGCUACAGGUCUCGGAUGGCCUCCACCAAACCACAGCCCUCCUGGAAGUACAGGCAUCAGACCCCUACAUCAAAAUAGUCAACAACACCGGUCUAGUCAUUCACCAAGGCAGCCGAGGGAGCAUUGACUCCUCUGUCCUCAGCCUGGAGACCAACAUGGACAUCAGGUCAGAUGAAGAAAUACGGUUCCUGAUAACAAGCCCCCCGAGGUGGGGGACCGUGCUGAGAGGGGAGCAGCCAGUCAUGGCCUUCUCCCAGAGGGACCUGCUAGCAGGAGAGAUCUCCUACCACCACAAUGGAAGCAGGAACAGCCGGGAUGAGCUCCAGUUCACUGUAGAAGCAAAUGAGGUGAUGGUGGAGGACACGCUGGCCGUCAGCGUGUUCUUGGACACCCAUCCCAGCCCUCUGCGCAUAGUGAACCACAAGGAGAUCCACGUCUUCCAGGGCGAAGCAGCUGGGAUCAAGGAGGAGCACUUACUGGUGACCCACGAAGAGAUUCCUCCCCAAGACAUAGUCUACCUGGUGAGCAGCCCCCCAGCCUCUGGCUUCCUGGCAAUGCUUCAGCAUGGUCAAGACUCAAACGAACAACCCAGCCUGGACCCCAUCCAGUCCUUCACCCAGGAGGACAUCAACAACGGCAGAGUCCUCUACCUCCACUCCAAGCCGAAGGAGGAACGUGACCAGUUUGUCGUGGACAUCACAGCUGGCGGCGUCGACCCGCUGGAGGGGGUGGUGGUGAGCCUGGCUGUGCUCCCCAUCACCAUCCCCCUGGAUGUCCACAACAUCACAGUGCCAGGAGGUGGCUCUGCUACCCUCUCCACAGGCAUCCUCAACAUCCCCAACACCUACUACGCAGCUCUCGGUGUCGAGUUCAGGGUGCUCGAGCCCCCCCGGUUUGGCACCCUCCUGAACAGCGAGCAGCCCGAGGAUGGUGGGCUGCACAGCUUCACCUGGAGCGAGGUGGAGAGCCAGCGGAUCCAGUACAGGCAGGAUGGCCCCCGGGCGCUGGUCGACAGCUUCACCCUCCUGGCCAACGUCUCCGAGAUGGACCGGCAGAGCCAGCCCAGCACCCUCUUCAUCACCAUCCUGCCCCGCAGCUCCAAGGGACCCCGGCUGAGGGUCAACGCCGGCCUCCAGCUGCGGGAAGGCGCCAUGGCUGCCAUCAGCCCCCACAUUCUGAGCGCAGAGGACGAGGACUCCCCAGCAGAGGAGGUGACCUACUCCAUCCAGCCCCCAGCCAACGGGAAGGUUGUACUGCGGUCGGCACCCGGCGCUGAGGUCCGGCGGUUCACCCAGGCCCAGAUAAACAAUGGCCUCAUCCUCUUCGUGCACCAAGGUAGGGUUAAUGGGGAGCUACAGCCCCCCUGCCCCCCGUAACUGCCCAGCUCUGUGCUUUCCGCAGGGCCUCUGGAUGGAGGCUUCGCCUUUGACUUGUGGGAUGGUGAGAACCUGUCUCCUGGGCACUUCUUCCUCAUCAGGGCCCAGAGAGAGCCCCUCAUCAGCCUGGCCAAGAAGCAGAGCCUCACCGUCUGCCCAGGUGCCCUGCAGCCCAUCACCAGCCAGAACCUGCAGGCAGUGAGCAACACCCCUGCCAGCUCCACCGCUCUGUACUACAGCAUCGAGCAAGCCCCACGCCUGGGCAGGCUGAGCACCUCCCGUGGGGAUGAAAUCAGGAACUUCACCCAAGCCCAGGUGGACAGCGGGUUGAUUUUCUACCAGCACCAGAUGCCAGAGAAGCCCUUCUGGCUGGCCCAAGACGCCAUCCGCUUCCGCGUGGUUGCUCCCACGACCAUCUCUGAUUCCUUCAUCCUCCUCGUGCUGAUCUCCUUCGAGGCAAGGUGUCUCCAGCGCUCCACUCAGCUAUGGAGAAAUGCAGGUCUCCAGCUCGCAAGGUCUCAACAGGCUGAAAUUGGCACCUCGGUAGUAGACGCCUCUAACCUCUUGAGUCAAAUCCUGGUCCCCGAGAGGGCUGCGUACGAUGUUGUCUUCCUAGUGACGGAGCUACCGGCUCAUGGGCAGCUCUUGGUGGCCGGUGUGCCCCUGGAGCGGUCACGGCCGUUCUUCCUGCAGUCAGACCUGGCUGCGGGGCGCCUGGCAUAUGCCCAUGGAGGGGACAGCGUCUCUGAAGACCAUUUCAGAUUUAAGGCUUGGCUCCGGCCCCAGGCACAGCAGUCCAUCCGUCCUCCACAGGAAGGGGUGGUCAUCUCCGAAGCUUUCAAUAUAACAGUAACCAGCAGCAGCAAGCCACCGCAGGUGUUGAAGCGGCAAGAAGUCCUGCGGGUCCCACCAGGCUCCGUGGUGACCUUGUCUCAGGAGUACCUGGAUGUGGCAGACCCAUCAGGGUCCCCAGAGGAGAUGGUGUACAGCAUCCUCCAGAGACCUCUUGCUGGCCACUUGGCCAAUGCACACAACCCACGAGAGCCCAUCAACCGCUUCACCCAAGCGGAUGUUAACGCAGGCCACGUGGUGUUUGUUGCCACCGGGAGCCAUGCCCCAGGGUCCUUAGCCCUGAGUCUCUCCGAUGGCCACUACCCACCCACCCUGACCUCACUGGAGAUCGAGGUGCUGCCUGCAGUGAGCACCACUGCCAGCCCGGUGCCACUGGAGGUGCCCCAAGACCUGAACAGGGCCCCCGUGUCCCACCAUCACCUCCUGGGAGCCACGCAGCUGGGGGCAGGCAAUGCCCUGUACAGGAUCACCAGGCACCCAAGGUUUGGCCAAGUGCAGGUCAACCAAAAGCCAUCACGGGGCUUCUCGCAGAAGCAGCUGGAUCGUGGGGAGGUGACAUUCACCUUCACCGACCUCACCUCUCCUGAGGAUGACUUCCAGUUCCUUGCCAUGUCGCAGGCAGCAAACAGGACCGGGGUGGUGAACGUGACCGUCCGCGCCUUGGUGAAGGCUCGCGACAGCUUCGUCUUUGAGCUGGCGGCCACCGGCGUGCCACCAGCACUAGCAUCCCUGGGGUACAGCACUGAGCCCUACAAUGCCUCGAAAGCCUACAGUGUCACCCUGCUCACAGCACCCUCGCCCCGGGUGCCCCAGCCCCAGGGCACAGCAGGGAGCAGCCCCAAUGCCAGCAAGUUGGGCAUCCCCCCCACCGCCUGGCUUAGCCCCGGGGCUACCACCAGCCCCAGCCCUGUGGAAGGGGGCACCUUCCUCAGCUUCAUCGAGGCCAACAUGUUCAGCAUCAUCAUCCCCAUCUGCCUCAUCUUCCUCCUGCUGGCCCUCAUCCUGCCUCUGCUCUUCUACCUGCACAAGCGCAACAAGACAGGGAAGCACCACGUCCAGGGCACUCCCUCCUCCAAGGCCAAGAACGGGGCCGUGCCAGACCAGGAGAUCUUCCGGAGGACGGACCCCAACCAAGGCAUUCCCCUAACGACUGUCAAUGCCCUGGAGGGCAAGGGCACGAGUCCCCCGCCCCAGGGCACGGGUCCUGGGGCACUGCCGGACCCCGAGCUCCUCCAGUACUGCCGGACUUCCAACCCUCCCUUGAAAAACAACCAGUACUGGGUGUGA